CCUUGGCCCCUGCCCCAGCCUCAGCCGGAUAGCCUUCCUGGGCCCCAGCUCCUACCCCAGCCUGAUACCCUUCCCCAGCCUUGGCCCCUUCCCCAGCCUCAGCCGGAUAGCCUUCCUGGGCCCCAGCUCCUACCCCAGCCUGAUACCCUUCCCCAGCCUUGGCCCCUGCCCCAGCCUCAGCCGGAUAGCCUUCCUGGGCCCCAGCUCCCAGCCUUGGCCCCUGCCCCAGCCUCAGCCGGAUAGCCUUCCUGAGCCCCAGCCCCAGCCCCAGCCUCAGCCGGAUAGCCUCCCUGGGCCCCAGCUCCUACCCCAGCCUGAUACCCUCCCUGAGCCCCAGCCACUACCCCUGCCUGAUACCCUUCCCCAGCCCCUGCCCCAGCCUCAGCCGGAUAGCCUUCCUGGGCCCCAGCUCCUACCCCAGCCUGAUACCCUCCCUGAGCCCCAGCCCCCGUCUGAAGAGGAGGUGAAGCCCUGGGUGUGGACACGUCACUGCGUACUCCUUCUCUUCCUCCUGGCAUCCUCCUUCUGUGCCUCCAUAGUGGGCCUGGCCUACUACUCCCAGCAGCACCUCCCACCAGAGAGCACACCGCCAGCCUCUCCUCCAUGUACCUCCCCGGCUUGUCAGAGGGCUACCGCCCGUCUUUCCAUCUCAGUCGACCCCUUCUCUCAGCCCUGUGACUACUUCCUGUUUCCCUGUGGGUCUGAAGGGGCGUCUCUGUCCAACAGGGGGAGACAGAGGGGCAAGGGCAUCCCCCUACACGCACAGGGCCACAAGGGCAGGGCAGCACAGGCAGAGAAAGAGAGAGAAAGAGGGAGGAAGGAGAGAGAGACAGGCACGGACAUAAUAGAAAAGGCUCCAGCAGACAGAAUGCCAGACAGACAGACUGCACUACUGUUGACAAUGAGGGAGAUUUUGGAAGCUGGGGACCACUCCAGCCCGGGUAACUCAGCUAGGAAGAAGGCCUGUAUGUUCUACCGUUCCUGUAUGGACACUGGCCCCACAGAGUCCGCCGGGCCAGAACCUUUCCUCAGGCUAGUCCACAAGCUGGGUGGCUGGGCUGUAUCAGGCCGGUGGAACCAGACAGAUUUCAACUCCACUCUGUCUCUACUGAUGAGAGACUAUGGCACCUUCCCAUUCUUUAGUGUUUAUGUGGGCAAGGAUCCUAAUGACACUCAAGGAGACAAGCGAUACAUACAGAUUGAUCAGCCGGAUUUUCAGAUACCUACUGAAUGGAGCAGCAAGACUCAGAAGUCCAAAGCUAACACCCAGAUCCUGCGUCUGUUCCUGGCCUCGUAUCAGAGGUUGCUGGCCCUGUUGGGCUCUCCCUCCAGCAGCACCAUUCUCCAUAUAGGCCUGUUCAUCUCUCUGUCCUCUGAACUGGCUGUAGCUGCCUCUCCUCUGCCGCAUCGCCUGCAACAGGGGCUGCUGUACCAGCGCAUCACCAUCAAAGAGCUACAGACCCUGGCCCCUGCCAUUGAUUGGCUGGGCUGUCUACAGACCACCUUCCAUCCCCACCCUGUUAGCCAAUCGGAUCACGUCCUCCUGCACAACCUCCCUUACAUAGUCCACAUGUCCCGCAUCAUCGGCAAAUGGCUGAACAAGCAUGAAUUGAGUGGCAGUGGCCCUCUUCACACCUUCAUGUUCCUCAGUCUCCUCCACACUGUCAUACCUGCGCUGGACUCCAGGUUCACUCAGACAGAGAGGAAUUUCUCCUUAGCUCUGGGGACUACAGAGGAGGAUGUCCCUCGCUGGAGGCAGUGUGUUCUGCAGACUGAGAAAGGGUUUGACACGGUACUAAAACACAUACUGAGAGAGAACACCGCAUACACAGAGGCAGAGGAGCUGAUUCAGAAUGUCUAUUCCUCCAUCAAGUCCAAACUACCUGAUCUCAGGUGGAGAGAUGAGGAGUCUCGCAUGUCGGUUUUGAAUAAGAUACAGUCUCUAACUCCAAGACUUUCAACUAAAAACAACAUUUUCAGUGAAGCUGAACUCAACCAACUGUAUUCAAAGCGCCAGAGACCAAGCAAACUCUUUUCCCAGGCUGAAGGAGAUGAUAUUUGGUCCCUCACUCCAUUUAUCUCUGGCAAUGAGCUAGUCUUUCCCAUAGGGAUGUUUGUCCAGCCUCUCUUCCACCCUACCUAUCCCAGGGCCAUCAACUUUGGGGUUUUGGGAUCUUUGAUGGCCAAAGAUAUUCUCCAUCUCCUUCUACCCAACAUCCAUUCUCAGAGUGUGUCUCCCAGGUCCAUAGCAGAGUGUGUGCGGUACCAGUACCUGAGUAUGACAGAGGGACCAGGGAGAGAGGGGGCGUUCUCGCUGUCACCAGCACAGCAGCAGGAGAUGUGGGUGCAGUACUCUGCUCUGCAGAUCGCACUACAGGCUUACAAUCAGAGUUUGAAGAAGUAUCCUGGCGACUCCUCUCUCUCAGGCCUCUCUCACACUCAUCUGUUCCUUACUUCAUUCACUCAGAUCAACUGUGACUCUGACCCGUACCACGAGUUCAUGCCCUUUGAACCUUCCUUUCUGGUUACUGUCAUCUGUGGGUACUCUAACCUCUGCCCUACGACCCUCUCCUGCCCCAACAAACCCCAGCAGCACCUCUUAGGGACAUGCUGACCUACAGAUCUACAGUAACAUCUCCUACCAAACAAAAAAUGCAGAGCCAUUGAUGAACACACAAGACUGUGAUUUAAACAGAUCAGUGUGCCCCCCGCGGGACGG